UUUUCGUUUCCUGACUGCUGGUUUGAUAACAUGUCUGAUUAUUGAUCAUGUAAAGAUGUUCAGUGACAGCGGAGGUAAAACUGAUGUUGUCUUUCAGAGAGGAUCUGACGAGCUUUUCUCCAGCGUCUCCAACGGCCCGUAUAUCAUGAGCACCACAGCCAAUGGCAACGACACUAAGAAGUUCAAAGGUGACAUAAGAGGUCCUGGCGUGCCUUCCAGGGUCAUCCACAUCCGCAAGCUUCCCAACGACAUCACUGAGGCCGAGGUGAUCAGCCUCGGUCUGCCCUUCGGAGAGGUCACCAACCUGCUGAUGCUCAAAGCCAAAAACCAGGCCUUCUUAGAGAUGAACACGGAGGACGCAGCUCAGAACAUGGUGGGUUAUUACUCCACAGUGAUGCCCAUCAUCAGACACCAUCCCGUCUACGUCCAGUUCUCCAACCACAAAGAGCUCAAGACCGACAACUCCCCCAAUCAGGAGAGGGCCCAGGCGGCUCUUCGGGCCCUCACUACGUCUCAUGUUGACGGGGCUGUGGCAGCUCCGAGCACCGUGCUGAGGGUGGUGGUGGAGAACCUGGUGUACCCCGUCACCCUGGACGCCCUCUGCCAGAUCUUCUCAAAGUUCGGCACAGUGUUGAGGAUCAUCGUCUUCACCAAGAACAGUCAGUUCCAGGCUCUGCUGCAGUAUCCUGACGGAGCGUCCGCCCAGGCGGCUAAACUGGCUCUGGACGGACAGAACAUCUAUAACGGCUGCUGCACUCUGAGGAUCAGCUUUUCCAAACUCACCAGCCUCAACGUCAAAUACAACAAUGAGAAGAGCCGUGACUUCACCAGACCCGACCUGCCCACCGGAGACAGCCAGCCCGCCAUGGAGCACCCGGCCAUGGCCACAGCCUUCACUCCAGGUAUCAUCUCAGCAGGUCCGUACACCGGAGCCACUCACACAUUCCCACCAGCCUUCACCCUCCAACCUGCAGUGUCCUCCCACUAUCCAGGCCUGGCGGUGCCCACUCUGCCCGGAGCCCUGGCCUCUCUGUCCCUGCCCGGGGCCACCAGGCUGGGCUUCCCCCCCAUGUCUGCUGGAGUCUCUGUCCUGCUGGUCAGCAACCUCAACCCCGAGAGAGUUACGCCCCACUGCCUCUUUAUUCUCUUCGGUGUUUAUGGCGACGUGAUGAGAGUGAAGAUUCUGUUCAACAAGAAGGAGAACGCUCUGGUUCAGAUGUCUGACUGCACACAGGCUCAGCUAGCCAUGAGCCACCUGAGUGGCCAGCAGCUGCACGGGAAGCCUCUGCGCAUCACGCCGUCCAAACACACCAGUGUCCAGCUUCCUCGUGAAGGCCAUGAGGACCAGGGCCUGACCAAAGACUACAGCAACUCCCCUCUGCACCGCUUCAAGAAACCCGGCUCCAAAAACUACUCCAACAUCUUCCCACCUUCUGCCACUUUACACCUUUCCAACAUACCCCCGUCUGUGGUUGAGGACGACCUCAAGAUGCUGUUUUCCUCCUCAGGAGCCACAGUCAAGGCCUUCAAGUUCUUCCAGAAGGACCACAAGAUGGCUCUGAUCCAGAUGGGCUCAGUGGAGGAGGCCAUCGAGUCCCUCAUCGAGUUCCACAACCACGACCUGGGAGAGAACCACCACCUGCGGGUCUCCUUCUCCAAGUCCUCCAUCUGAGCCUCAGACUUCACCAUCUGAAUUGUUGACUCGAUGGUGUCCACUACACUCCGAUCAUUCCAACGCAUGUUUGCAGAUGCAGAAACCACCGUGGAGUCUGGUGUGAUGUUAAAUUAUUUUUUAAACUUGUUUUAAGUUCUUUGCCUUCAAAGAGGAUUAGGGUCAUUUUAAGAAAUAUCAGAAUUCUGGAUUCAGUCUCAGAAGUCGGUGAAUAAAGUCAGUAAUCUGAGUUUGUCAGGAUUCUGGGAGUUUUACAGAUUAUAGUCAGAAUCUGGACUAAAAUCCUGUUGGUAUAUUUGUGUCUUUCUUGUUUUGAAGUUACAUUUUAGCCGCUCUUGCCUUUUGACUUUAAUCCCAGAGGUAAAGUCAGCCUUCUACGUUUAUGUCUCGGCAACGCUGAUUAAAGUUUUUCAAACAUUGACUUAAUCAACUCAGAAUUCUUUCUUUAUUCUCAGAUUUCAGUUCACAUUUGUUUCCCGGUGAUCCUAAUCCUCUUCUUUGAAGUUCCCCCUCUGAAAAAACACUUCUGUCUUUAAAAUAUCAGAUCUGACGAGGUUUGGGAGGUCGUGGAUUUCCCCUCGAGCUGUUAGAAAUUAGUCCGGGCCUCGUUAAGAAAGGCCUCGUUAAGAAAGGCUUAGUUUGGCCUUCAGAUGAUCCCUGUGCCUUAUUGCUGGAGUCAGAAUGACCUCGACUUUGACAUGUAAAAAAAAAAAGAAAAAAAAAGAAAAAGAAAUCUCCCAUCAUGCCUCUGUAAAUUGGCAAAGAGCAGGUUUACAGUUGAUAAAGGUUUACUGUUGAUGUAUUACAGAAAUAUCCAUAUUUUAUGUGUAUUUUAUUGGUGUUGUUUUCCUUAUGUUAGUUAUUUGUACUGCUGGUUACUGUAGCGUCAAACAUGUGAACAGAUUAUGUUUUAGCGGGUUUGCUGGCCUUUAGUCCGUAGAUGCUCUUCUUUUUUCUUCCUCUUUGAUUUCUUUAUUUCCAUGUAUGCAAUCAUGUUUUAUUCAAAUCAAAUAUUGUAGCAAUAUUUUAAUCAUUCCUGAACUUUGACUUGUUUGGUUGUGAAUGUCUCUGCAAGCUCGGCAGUUCUCGUGCCGCCUUUACAAUCCGCAGAUGAAUGUUGUUUUGUUUCUGUCGCGUUCUGUCGGGUUUGUGAAUCAUGAUCGUCUCAUCUGUCGCGUUGCCUCUCUGAACGGUUUUAUUUAUAAGUUUGUGAUCCACUACAGCUGAAACCAAAAACGGCCUUCUAGAUGCAAACAAAUCCGCCUGCCUCAGGUUUCAAAGGUUUAAGGACUAAAAUAAAACAUAAGGAUGGACGAUGGUGAACUGCUUUAGGCUCUGACGGUGUUUUCCUGUGGGAAUGUUUUUAUUAAUUUCUCGACCGCUUCACUGGAUUCAGCCCACCGGUGUGACUUCAGUCUCUAUCGCAAAACCAGAUGUAACGUGGAGUGCCUUCAACGUAGCGCUGAGUCACACAUCAGGUAUCAACUCCUCUGUAUUCUGAAGGUUGGACGGAGAAGACGCCUCGCAGCCGUCUCAACUGUGCUGAGACCAGACGCUGCUGGUUUGGUUUAUCUGUGUGUCUUAAUUUUAUUACGUCGACAUUCCGGCUGCUCAGACGUCCGCCUGAACUUCAACAGGACGAAGCUUCACCGUCUGAACCGAACGAGCUGCUGGGGGUGUGUGGUGGCGGGGUGGGGGGGGGGGGGGGGUAUUACUGUUGUGGUGCAUUCAAGACACCUUGGAGAUUUGGUAGAUGAGUUUCAGACAGUUGCUGUGACCCAGUUCAGAGUCUGACUCGUUGCAGACGUUCAGAGGAGGUCAGCCUCGAUCUCGCGUCCUUUGUCCGUCACAGGUUCGGCUGUUUCUCUUAAGCCUGUUCACACUGUGACUGUGGUCCGUUAAACACCGUCAGAGAAACAGUGGAUGCUUCAGAUCUCACUGUGAGACCAGACGACCAUCGGCGGUCCAUUUUACAGUCUUAGAGACCAGUGAGCCGCCCUUGUGCUGCUACAGCCCUCAGACCAACCAAUCAGAACGCAGCAGGAAGUGAUGCAGGUGGAGGUCUGACAGCACAUGUACUCAGACACCACAGAGGUGUGUUCUCUGAGCAUCGUGUUUCUCCUGAGGCUGUAGCUCUUUGUUCCUGUCUAUCAAGUGAUUGACACGCUCUGCUCUGAUUGGACCUUCAUGCUCCCAGGUGUGUUUAUAAAUGUGGACCAAUGAGAACACGCCUGCUGAAUGUUGUUUAUUCUGUCAGAAGUUUCUUCAGACGUCAGAACAACAGACGACAUUAAGUACACACACGUUUACAUGGGGAGGGGUUUUCCCAGGUGACUUGAAUGCAUCACAGACCUUCAGUGUCAGGUGGGACAGGUGGUAGGUGAGGCAGGACUGGGACCAGUCAGUGAGGUGGAGGGUCAGUGGGGGGUGGGGGUGGGGGUGGGGUGUGGGGGUUGAACUGUACAUACGUGUUUUAUACCACAGUUUGGUGUCUGCGAGCUGAUUGGUGGUUUUUUAUCUGAUGUAUAUUUUGAUUCAAAGUGAGCGACCGGUUCUGAGCCUGAGCCUGAGCCUUCCACUGUCUGUGUCACAACACACAUUAAAUCACUUUUUAUCUACAAA